AUGCUUUAUAUUUACUUUGCAAUAACAGUAUUCAGUCCACUGAGAGAGGUACAGGACAUAACAAUAGCCCAAAAUAAAACGAACAAGAUUGACAGGGGUGUGUUUUUUGGGCCUGAAAAUCUAUAACGGCUGAACCUGUCACACAAUCUUAUAGGGGAAAUCUAUUCUUACACAUUUGAAAAUCUACCCAAUAUUUUAGAACUAGAUUUAUCUUACAAUCAUAUUGGUGCAUUGGGAUAUCAGGCAUUUACAGGACUUCCACACCUACAAGUCCUUGAUCUUACAGAAAACUCUAGGUACAGAUGGUUACCUUGCACCACUCCCAAACAUCCAACUUCUUUGUUUGGCUGAUAAUAAGAUCACAUCCUUAAAGGGCCUCGCUGGCUUUGCUGAUAGUAUGAUCAUACUUAAUAUUCAAAACAACAGGUAA